AUGGCAAAAGACACUGGAACUGUCUAUUUCAACAAGGGCAGUGCGGAGUAUGGCUUCAUGAGCAACAUGUAUAUCGCGCCAUUUACCGUUGAGGACGUCGAGUACAAGUCUACGGAGCACUACUUUCAGGCUGCGAAGGCGCGCCACUUCAAGGACCAUGAUGUUCUGUGCGAGAUUCUCAAUUGCGACAGCCCAGUCAAGGUCAAAUCCCUUGGUAGACAAGUGCAUCAUUUUGAUCUCAACGAGUGGGAUGAGUUCAAGGAAGUGGUUAUGAGGGAAGGGAACGUGCAUAAAUAUGCAAAAAACCCAACCCUCAAAGAGAAGCUUCUUGCUACUGGCGAACGUAACCUAGCUGAGUGCAAUCCCAGAGAUCGUUUUUGGGGAAUUGGUGUUGGUAAAGCCAAGGCAGAGGCUACUGGCAAGUACCCUGGCAAAAAUGUUAUGGGGUUUAUUUUGGAGGAUGUCCGAAAACAGUUCCGGGAUGAAUUCAAGGAGAAAUAG